GACCGGCGAAGCACAGGGGGAGCCGAGCCUGCACCAGCGGCAGGUUCAGGUCAUCAAGAAGCGACUUGAGACAAUCCUGCCAGAGCUUUCUUUCGAUCAGCUCUCCACGAGCUUAGUCUUGAGAAAGCUGGAGGAGUGCAUGCAGAAGCGCAAAGGACGUUUCGAUGGUUUCAGAGCCGAUGUUGAGCACGUCAUCAUCGCUUACGUGACAGAGAACGCCGAAGCUGCCAAAGCUGCAGCGAAAGCCACCCGGAGUGCAGAAGAUGCAGUGUGCAAGACCGAAAGUAAGGAGCAGGAAAGCUCCCACGGGGUGGUCGAGCUUCCGGAGGACACCAGGCGCAAGCGCCGUCGGACUGAUGCCGGGACCAAGGAGACCAGGAGAGGAUCUGCCGUGCGGCGAUUCAUCAUGGCUUCCAGGAUGCGCAAGAAGAGGUCCCUUUCACAG